AUGUGAAUCCGAGUGACGUUGAUAUUGGUACAAAUUAUUAUAGUACGUAUAUGUCCAAAUAAUAUAUACAAAAAUAAAUUUUUGAUAUUCAAUGAUUAAUGAACCCUGGAAACUGAAAGUGCAAAGAUGCAUUGAUUACUUUAAACAAAAAGAAAAACAAAUGCAUUGAUUAUAGUAUUUAAAAAACUCUGCAGAUUUUGCAGAGAGCAGGAAACAGAGAGGUUUGGUUUUGCGUUGCGUGAGCUGUUUCCUCUUUAAAUCUAUCUUCUUCUACCUCUUGACUCUCUCUCUCUCUCUCUCUGUAGUGAUGCAGUUUCUUUCUUGGAAGCCAUGAAAACACUAUUAGCUUCACCGAUCUUCUUCUUCUUCUCUUCUCUGUUUCUUGUUUCCUCUGCUUUAAACUCUGAUGGAGUUCUCUUAAUGAGUUUCAAAUACUCUGUUCUUCUUGAUCCUCUCUCUUUAUUACAGUCAUGGAACUACGACCACGACAAUCCUUGUUCUUGGCGAGGUGUGUUGUGUAAUAACGAUUCAAGAGUUGUUACUUUAUCUCUACCUAACUCUAACCUCGUUGGUUCGAUUCCUUCCGAUCUGGGUUUCCUCCAAAACCUUCAAAGUCUUAAUCUUUCCAACAAUUCACUCAAUGGGUCAUUACCGGUUGAGUUUUUCGCCGCCGAUAAGCUCCGGUUUCUUGAUUUAUCAAACAACUUGAUCUCCGGCGAGAUCCCUGUGUCAGUCGGAGAUUUACACAACCUCCAGACGUUAAAUCUCUCCGAUAACAUCUUUACCGGAAAAUUACCAACCAAUUUAGCGUCUCUUGGAAGCUUAAGAGAGGUUUCUCUGAAGAACAACUACUUCUCCGGCGAGUUUCCCGGCGGCGGAUGGAGAUCGGUUCAGUUUCUUGACAUUUCCUCGAAUUUAAUCAAUGGAUCACUCCCACCUGAUUUCUCCGGCGAUAAUCUCCGGUACCUGAAUGUCUCGUAUAACCAAAUCUCCGGCGAGAUCCCACCGAAUGUCGGUGCCGGUUUUCCUCAAAACGCUACCGUUGAUUUCUCCUUCAACAAUUUAACCGGUUCAAUCCCAGAUUCUCCGGUUUACCUUAACCAGAAAUCAAUUUCGUUUUCCGGAAACCCGGGUUUAUGCGAUGGUCCGACCCGAAACCCGUGUCCCAUUCCUUCCUCUCCAGCCACCGUCUCCGGCGCCGUCGCUCCACCUACGUCUACGCCUGCACUCGCAGCUAUACCGAAAUCAAUCGGGUCAAAUUCAGAAACCAAACCGGACAACAACUCAAAUCCUCGAACCGGGUUAAGACCAGGAGUUAUAAUAGGAAUCAUAGUCGGAGAUAUCGCCGGAAUCGGAAUCCUCGCUCUUAUCUUCCUCUACGUUUACAAAUACAAGAAGAACAAAACCGUGGAGAAGAAGAACGAUCAAAGUCUAGAAGCUCACGAAGCUAAAGACACAACUUCGUUAUCACCAUCAUCAUCAACAACUACAUCAUCUUCAUCACCAGAACAAUCAAGUAGAUUCGGAAAAUGGUCAUGUCUCCGUAAAAAUCAAGAAACCGAUGAAACCGAAGAAGAAGACGACGAAAAUCAACGAUCAGGAGAGAUUGGAGAGAACAAGAAAGGGACUUUAGUAACCAUUGAUGGAGGAGAGAAAGAGCUUGAAGUUGAAACUUUGCUUAAAGCUUCUGCUUACAUUUUGGGAGCCACCGGUUCGAGUAUAAUGUACAAGACGGUUCUUGAGGACGGUACGGUUCUUGCGGUUCGUCGGUUAGGUGAGAACGGUUUGAGUCAACAACGCCGGUUUAAAGACUUUGAGGCACAUAUUCGAGCUAUUGGUAAACUGGUUCACCCGAAUUUGGUUCGUCUUCGUGGUUUCUAUUGGGGCACCGACGAGAAAUUGGUCAUUUACGAUUUUGUCCCUAACGGCAGUCUCGUCAACGCCCGUUACAGGAAAGGAGGGUCGUCGCCGUGCCAUUUACCAUGGGACACUCGGCUCAAGAUAGCGAAAGGUUUGGCUCGUGGGCUUGCUUACCUCCACGACAAGAAACAUGUGCACGGUAACUUGAAACCUAGUAACAUACUUUUGGGCCAAGAUAUGGAGCCCAAGAUCGGCGAUUUUGGGCUCGAAAGGCUUCUUGCCGGAGAUACUAGCUAUAACCGAGCUAGUGGAUCAUCUCGGAUUUUCAGUAGCAAGCGAUUGACAGCGUCCUCGCGUGAAUUUGGAUCGAUCGGGCCCACACCGAGCCCAAGUCCAAGCUCCGUUGGGCCUAUAUCUCCAUAUUGCGCACCCGAGUCGCUCCGCAAUCUCAAACCGAACCCCAAAUGGGAUGUGUUCGGGUUUGGAGUGAUCCUCCUUGAGCUGCUCACAGGAAAAAUUGUGUCGAUAGACGAGGUCGGGGUAGGAAAUGGGCUGACGGUAGAAGACGGGAACCGGGCGCUGAUAAUGGCUGACGUAGCGAUUCGCUCUGAAUUGGAAGGCAAAGAGGACUUUUUACUUGGUCUUUUCAAGUUGGGAUACAGUUGUGCAUCUCAAGUUCCACAAAAGAGACCGACCAUGAAAGAGGCGUUAGUAGUGUUUGAAAGAUUCCCUAUUAGCUCGUCUGCUAAGUCUCCAUCGUACCAUUACGGACACUAUUAAUGUUCGAUCUUAUACUAACUCUCUAAGCCUCUCUCUGAGGCCGAAGUAUAUACACAUGAAGCAAAUUGUUCUUUCUUGUUGUUUGUCCACUUGGUUUUCUUUUAUAUGAUUUUUAGGAUAUUAGGAUUGGGCAUUGAAGGUUUAUUGUUUUUGGUUGGUUUUAGUAUAAUUUUAACAGAACUCUAA